CCCGAUGACAAACAAUGCCAAAGGCUGAGUUAGAGCCACUCGUCACUGCCACGCUUGAUUUCCUUUGUACUUCGACCACUGCUUUCACUCUACUUUAUACCUCCAUCAUUCUAUCUCCUAGGCGCCUCUGUUAUAUCUAGCGACAAUCUACCAUGUCUGGAUUUGCGGCUCUUAUGGCUCUCAGUGCCACCCAGACUCGGGAAUCUCAGAAGAGCGUAGAGACCGCCCUUGCCGAGCGCCAGCGUCGAGAGCGGGAGCGACGACAGAAACAGGAUGAAGCUGACCGGAAACAAAGGGAACUGGAGGCGAAGUUGCGCUUAAAGCACUUCGAGGAGGAGAAGAAAGAGAAGGAGCGGCAGCGGCUGAAGGAGGAGAAGGCCAAGGUUUUAGAGGCUGCUCGUCUGCGGCGUGAAGAGGAGGAGCGGGAUCAUCUGCGGUACGGUGCAAAGAAGCCUGGGAAGUCGGACGCGAAGUGGCCUUCGUCGUCGUCGCAGACUCAAACGCAAGAGAGCGUCCGCAAGAGGAGACUUCCUUCUGAAGACGAUGAAGCGUCGGGUGCCAGCAUUCUCACCCGGGAGGAGAAGCGUCAGCGCAGGGAACAGGCACAGUAUCGCAAUGAGUUCCGGUCACCAAGACGUACUCCGGCGAAAGGCUAUUCUAAGGCAGGACGUCAACUGCCUGGUGGCGCCAUAGAUGUGAUGACAACGACUCCUGGACUUCCCUCAUUACCAUCGUCUGCUGGAAUGACGACGAAGGAGCGUUUGACUGCUGUGCCCAUGCAUCUGAUUAAACUUAACACUAACAAGCGCGAUACCCGGACCAUUGACGAGAUUGUAAAGGAUAUGCAGCAGGAAAAAAAGAGGAAAACCCUGAGCGGAGAGGAUGCCAAAGCCUUCAGCGACUGGUUCUCGGAUAAGAAGAAACCAACAACGGCCUCUGCGACUCCCAAGACUGCUGCGUCUGCAUCUUCUUCCCAGAAUAACAGUCAGCGAAAUACUCCUAUAUCAAGUAUACCGAGUGCUCCAAAGAAAGCGACAUCAGUACCACCUCCCAGAACACCAUCCUCGUCCUCUAAGCCUGUCACGAAGCCGGCUGCUUCCCUUUCGUCGAAGCGAUUCGGGUCUACCGACGCACCCAGAUCGGCCUCGUCAAAGCCUCCUACAAAGGCUGCUGUCCAAACUCGUCCUGUUGCGAAGAAGCGUCCUCGCUCUCCGAGUAGCUCUGUAUCCCCACCUCCGCCGAAGAAGCGCUCAGGUGGCUUGGACGAAGAUAUGCGAAGCCAGAUCUGGGCUGCACUCGGCAAGAAUCGUAGCGCUUAUGUUGGGCACGAUGACUUUAGCGACGACGAAGAUAUGGAGGCGGAUGCAUCGGCGCUAGAGCGAGAGGAGCUAUAUAGCUCCAAGAUCGCCAAACGCGAGGAAGAGGAGGCCUUGGCUGCUGAGCGUCGGCAUGAAGAGGAGAAAAGAAAGAAGCGGUUGGCGAGGGAGAGGCGUGGUGAUUAGGUGCGUUACUCUGGUUGGUUCUCAUGGACCCUUUCUGUUUUCGCUUCUGGUCGGCUGGAGGAUCUUCAUGACGUGCAUAUCUGCUUUACUACACAAUUAAACUAAGCGCAUUCAUUUUUAUCAGCAUACACCAUUAUAUCCCUAGCACAUAUGUACUUUAGUUCCUUUUCCUCUCAUUAUGAGUGUGAUCUCUACAGCAUCUUCCAUCGGAGAUAAACAUCGAUAUAUAAUUGGUACCG